AUGCUGAGUCUCAAUAAAUUAAUUUACUUGAAUCCAUAACCUUCAUAUCAUUCCAAGACUUUUGAUGGGCAUUAAAAACUUAAACUAUUAUUCAUAAGAACAAAACAAAAUAAACAUUAAAUUCCUUGUUUAUUCAUUAAAGCCAACUCAGAUGAAUAUCUUCUAUAUUUUCAUAGUAAUGCAGAGGAUAUGUAAAUUUUAUUUAAAUUAAAAAGAGGAACUUGCUAUGAGUUUACAUCUGCUCUGAGUAAUGGAUUGAACUUAAAUGUCAUUUGUAUGGAAUAUCCAGGAUAUGGGAUUUAUACUUAAGUGGAACCUUCUUAGUAAUAAAUUGAGAAGGAUGCAGAAGAUGUGUUUAUUUAUAUUAAUUUGGAAUUAAGAGUUCCUGAUUCAAAACUUACUAUUUUUGGAAGGUCAAUUGGAACUGGUCCAGCUUGUUUUUUAGCAUCAAUUUAUUAACCAAAAGCAUUAAUUUUAUUAAGUCCAUUCACAUCAAUAAAAGCUGUUGCCAAAAAGCAUUUUUACUUUGCUGCCAACUUAUUAAAAGUAUGAAAAAAUUUAUCAUACAUUAUUAGGAUUAAUUUGAUAAUGUAAAAAGAGCAAAUAAAAUUAUAUGCCCUUGUAUUAUUAUUCAUGGAAAAUUGGAUAAAUUUAUUCCAAUUUAAAUGGCAGAAGACAUCUACAAAAGUUUGGCUUCUAAAAGAAAAACAUUUUUUUAUCCUGAAGAUAAAGAUCACAAUAAUUUCAAUUUUUCAUACGAUAUAAAUGAUAUUGUUUACAACUUCAUAAAGGAAAUUGAAUAGUUAAAUCAUAUGUUUUCUCCUAAUUGA